ACAUCACGACAGACGGGACGCACAUGUACCGCGCAUGCGCUGCUCGCCGCUCUCCUCCUGUGUUGGUCGCCAUGUCUCGAGGAGAAACGCUGAGACUGUUGGUGAAGCAGCGAGUCCACGCGGUCGUUGAAGAGGCUUUUGGGCUGUUGGACACAUUAACAGCAGCUUAUGAGGACUCCGUUUGUGCUCUAAGAGAACAGGAGCGACUCACAUCAGAUGUCCAGCAGCCGUUGGCGAUUAAAGCAGAUGUCCCCCCUGAGUGCCUGGACCAGGACCAGGACCAGGACCUGGACCAGGAACCCCUCCACAAAAAAGAGGAAACGGAGAAACUCUGGAAGGAAACCAGGACACCUGAGUCUGCUGCACCUGCCCUAGAAUAUAAAGAAGCCCUUGUAAGUCAUGUGGGAUGUAACACUGGCAACAAACCCUUCAGCUUCUACAAGUGUAGUAAAAGGUUUUACUACAAGGGGUUUCUGCAGAGACACAUGAGAUUCCAUUUUGGAAAAAUGUCCUCCAGAUGUUUGGUUAGAAAGAAAUGUUUUAGAGAGAUGCAAAAGAAAGAAUCACAGCAAAGAGUUCACACAGGAGAGAAACCAUUCGGUUGUGAUGUUUGUGGGAAACGAUUUAGUACACAGGCACAUCUGAAGAGACACGUGACAGUUCACACAGGAGAGAAACCAUUUGAUUGUGAUGUUUGUGGGAAACGAUUUAGUACACAGGCACAUCUGAAGAGACACGUGACAGUCCACACAGGAGAGAAACCAUUCAGUUGUGAUCUUUGUGGGAAAAGAUUUACAGAACAAGGGGGUCUGAAGAAACACAUGAGACUCCACACAGGAGAGAAACCAUUCAGUUGUGAUGUUUGUGGGAAACGAUUUACAGACCAAAGGAAUCUGAAGAGACACAUGAGAGUCCACACAGGAGAGAAACCAUUCGGUUGUGAUGUUUGUGGGAAACGAUUUAGUACACAGGCACAUCUGAAGAUUCACAUCAGAGUCCACACAGGAGAGAAACCAUUCAGUUGUGAUGUUUGUGGGAAACGAUUUACACAACAAGGGAGUGUAAAGAGACACAUGAGAGUCCACACAGGAGAGAAACCAUUCAGUUGUGAUGUUUGUGGAAAACGAUUUACAGGCCAAAGGAAUCUGAAGAGACACAUGAGAGUCCACACAGAAUAGAAUGUGUUCCUUUCAUUUGUAAAAAGAAAAUUGAUGAUGUAAGUUUUUUAUGUUUUCCUUCUCGUUUUUAGUCAAACAAAUAUGUAAAAUGUCUCAAAUAUUCCCUAUUUCAUUUGUUUGUAAAUGUGAAGGAAGGCAACGUUGUCUUUGUUUACAUCUAAUGAAUCUCCAUUAUCUGAUGGAGGAAACUACAAACAAACAAGUCUGUACAAAUAUAUCUGUGUGUAAUAUGCAUAUUUCUGUGUAUUGUUUUUAAAUCUACAUAAAAUAAACUUUUGCGAGUCUACU